AUGUUUAAGUGUAUCAAGUUUAGCCCUGGAUUGCCAGAUAAGCCCAAUAAGAGGCCAAUCGGACAAGGAAAACAAACAGAGCGCGCGCGGCGCGGGGGAGCGGCCCCCUCCGCCGAGGCUGAGCGGCCGCCGCUGGGCCGGGAGCCGGGAGGGUGGGGCCGCCGNCCCGCCACUCCACAGCUCGGGAUAAAGAGCGGCCGGGGACCUGCGCGCUCGCCGAGCCCCGGCCCCAGUGGCGCGGCCGCGCUCCAGGUAAGCCUCCUGCUCGUGCACGGGGCCGACGUGCUGGGGGGCGCGAGGAACGUGGCGGGGGGCGCGAGGAACGCGGCGGAGUCCUCGAGCCGCAGUGGAGCCGGCGUCGCCCUUCGCUGUCAGGCGCGGGCCUCCGCUGCCGCCAGGGAUCCGAACGCUCUCCAGGCACCGUGCUGUGCCAGGCUUUGGGUCCUCCGCACACCCUCUGGAGCGUCCCUCCCUCUCGCGGCGCCCGACUUGGCUGGGUCCCCUAGCCGCGGAGUCCGGAAGCAGCAGGUUCGUGAGUGGAGCCCAGCCUUAUAUGGACUGAUCGCUCGGGCAAUGGCCCAUUUUUUCCUCGCCACCAGCCUCCACCGCGCGCCGAGCGGCCGCCGGAGCCCGAGCUGACGCCUCCUUGGCACCCCUCCUGGAGUUACAAACUAGGGCCCGGCCCGCAGCGCUCGGCGCGCAGGCCGCCCAUUCCCUGCGUCCAUUUCCGCGUGGUUUCAGAGAAGACACAGGCGCUGCAUUUGGUCUUUUUUCCCCUUCCCCUUCCUUAUAGUUUCUUUCUCUUUUUUAAAAUAAUAAUUAUCUCAAUAA